AUGUUACACAGGCACGGUUCUAAGCAGAAGAACUUCGAGAAUAUCGCUGGAAAAGUUGUCCACGACCUUGCAGGUCUGCAAUUGCUUUCUAACGACGUUCAAAAAUCCGCUGUCCAAAGUGGUCAUCAAGGAUCGAACAAUAUGAGAGAUACUUCGUCUCAGGGCAUGGCUAAUAAGUAUUCAGUUCCAAAAAAGGGACUACCUGCUGAUUUGUCUUACCAACUGAUUCAUAAUGAAUUAACACUUGAUGGUAAUCCGCAUUUGAACCUUGCCAGUUUCGUGAACACUUUUACCACUGAUCAGGCAAGGAAAUUGAUUGAUGAAAAUUUGACCAAAAAUCUUGCUGACAAUGAUGAAUAUCCGCAAUUAAUUGAGCUAACUCAGCGUUGUAUUUCUAUGCUAGCUCAAUUAUGGCACGCUAAUCCCGAUGAAGAACCAAUAGGCUGUGCCACCACAGGUUCUAGUGAGGCAAUCAUGUUGGGUGGACUCGCCAUGAAAAAAAGAUGGGAACACAGAAUGAAGAAUGCUGGUAAAGAUGCUUCCAAGCCGAACAUUAUAAUGUCUUCUGCGUGCCAAGUGGCAUUAGAGAAGUUUACGAGAUAUUUUGAAGUGGAAUGCCGAUUGGUUCCGGUAUCCCACAGAAGCCAUCAUAUGCUUGACCCAGAGUCGUUAUGGGAUUAUGUAGAUGAGAACACUAUUGGCUGUUUUGUAAUUUUAGGAACCACCUACACUGGCCAUUUGGAAAAUGUAGAGAAAGUUGCAGAUGUCUUGUCCCAAAUUGAGGCCAAGCAUCCUGAUUGGAGCAAUACUGAUAUUCCAAUCCAUGCGGAUGGCGCUUCAGGUGGGUUUAUUAUCCCAUUUGGCUUUGAAAAAGAGCACAUGAAAGCUUAUGGCAUGGAACGUUGGGGGUUCAACCAUCCGCGUGUGGUUAGUAUGAACACUAGUGGUCAUAAGUUUGGCUUAACCACUCCCGGUCUGGGUUGGGUGCUAUGGAGAGAUGAAUCCUUACUGGCUGAUGAAUUGAGAUUCAAACUAAAGUACCUCGGUGGCGUGGAAGAAACUUUCGGUUUGAAUUUUUCAAGACCUGGAUUUCAAGUUGUCCAUCAAUACUUCAAUUUUGUUUCUCUAGGCCAUUCAGGGUAUAGAACACAAUUCCAAAAUUCUCUAUUUGUUGCAAGAGCGUUUUCUUUCGAAUUAUUGAAUUCGUCAAAAUUGCCCGGAUGCUUUGAAAUUGUUAGCAGUAUCCAUGAAAGCAUUGAGAACGAUUCCGCCCCUAAGUCAGUUAAAGACUAUUGGGAACACCCCCAGGCUUACAAACCAGGUGUACCGCUGGUAGCCUUCAAAUUGUCCAAGAAAUUCCACGAAGAAUAUCCAGAAGUGCCACAAGCAAUCCUUUCCUCUUUACUGAGAGGUAGGGGUUGGAUAAUACCAAAUUACCCACUACCAAAGGCAACGGAUGGAUCCGAUGAGAAGGAGGUAUUAAGAGUGGUUUUCAGAUCGGAGAUGAAGUUGGAUUUAGCACAGUUGUUGAUCGUUGACAUCGAGAGUAUCUUGACAAAGUUGAUUCAUAGUUACGAAAAGGUUUGUCAUCAUAUAGAACUUGCCUCUGAGCAAACUCCAGAGCGCAAGAGUUCGUUCAUCUACGAAAUGUUGCUGGCAUUGGCAUCUCCACAAGAUGACAUCCCAACGCCGGAUGAAAUCGAAAAGAAAAAUAAGCUAAAGGAAACAACAACGAGAAACUAUAGAGGAACAUGUUGA